AUGAGGUCUGUCCCACUGCACGAGGGACUGGAGGGCGGGGAGGAAGGGGUGGACGCCGAGCAAAAGGAUGUGGAUGUGGAUGAUGUGGACGAAGAUGCCACAGCGACCGGCAGGCCCCAACUCUCGCAUUUUACCCGUCCUGCCGGCCAGUCCUUGCGCCAGGCCUGUCUGAAGGAGUGCCACAGCGAUACCUCGUGCCCCAUCCUGCAUCAAAAGUGUUGCCACUACGGUUGCAAUUCCGUAUGUUCAGAGGUAAGUCAUUGGAGUUCGAGCACAGGUCCUGGGAUAGAAUUAGAAAAAGUAAAAUAA